AUGAUUAUCUUGAGUAUAAUGGCAAGCGCAGUCCGACAAAAUUUUCACGAGGAAUGUGAAGCAGGCAUUAACAAGCAAAUAAACAUGGAGCUUUAUGCCAGCUACGUAUACAUGGCCGCGGCGAACCAUUUCGAUCGGGAUGACGUCGCUUUACCUGGCUUCCGAAAAUUCUUUUUGAAAUCCUCGGAAGAGGAGCGGGAGCAUGCACUUAAGCUUAUGAAAUACCAAAACAAACGUGGCGGCCGUAUUGUGCUGCAGGACAUAGCCAAACCUGCCGUUACGGAAUGGGCAUCCGGCCGGGAAGCUAUGGAGACAGCUCUCAAACUUGAACGGGAAGUGAAUGAGUCGCUGCUAGAACUGCACAGAAUUGCGCAGAAAAACGAUGAUGCCCAAUUUUGUGACUUUUUGGAAUCUGAAUAUCUUGAAGAGCAAGUCGAAUCCAUCAGAGAGAUAUCUGGGUAUGUCACCAACCUCCGAAGAGUCGGUCCUGGUCUUGGAGAAUACAUGUUCGACAAGGAGACGCUUCAUGGCGAAGAUGACUAA